AUGGAUAAUCUUUCUUAAGCAAUAACUGAAUCAGGGACAAGAAACUACACAUUUAAAGUAGAAGGAAAGGAAGAUGGAUAGGGAUAUUUAACAUAAGCUUAAUAAGAAACUCAUUUAGGAAUAAUUCUAAUAUAAGAAUGGUGGGGACAUAAUUAAUCGAUAUGUAAAACAGCUGAUAAAUUCGCUUAAAAAGGAUUCAAAGUACUAGUUCCGGAUGUUUAUAGGGGAAAAGUGGCCAAAAAUAGAGAAUAAGCUGGCCAUUAUUUCUAAGAUUUGGACUGGUCUUCUGCUUUAAAUGAUAUUAUAGCAGCCGGAAAUCACCUCAAAUAAAAUUUAGGAUGUAAAAAAGUAGCUAUUACUGGAUUUUGUUUAGGUGGAGCUCUUGCUUUUGCAGCUUUGGCCUCGUCUAAUGUAUUUGAUGCAGGCGCACCUUUUUACGGAAUACCAGAUCUUAAUAAAUUUCCUGUUUAAAAUAUGAAAGCUCCAAUUUAAGCACAUUUUGGGUCUUUAGAUAAUUCAAAAGGAUUCUCUGAUCCAGAUUCAGCUAGAAAUGUAGAAAAAUAAGCGCAAUAAGAUGGUCUAUAAUUUGAAUUGAUAAUUUGGGAAAACGGAAAGCAUGCUUUUAUGAAUUAAGAUAGUGAAAAUUAUGAUGCUGAUAUUGCUUAAAAGGCAUUGGAAAAAACUACUGAAUUUUUUAAGAAGAUAUUAUAAUGAUAUAUUAUUAUUUUUAUAUAUAAUGUUUUUUGUUGUUGUCUUUUUUAUA